AUGAGAAAAUUUUCAAGAUUUGUUGAAAAUUUGCUAACUGUAUUUCUGUUCUACACAUUACUGAGGGAUUUUGUAGCUUCGAAAGUUUGCUCCACGGGAUUAAAAAAGCGAGAGGGUGUUCGAAUGAAGGACCGCUUGUUAGAUUCUGUGAAUGGUUAUGGAUAUAUUAUGUGUAUUAAAGAAUGCAAAUCCCACAGAAACUGCGUAUCUGUGAGCUACAACAGACGAUAUCUAAUCUGUGAUUUAUAUUGGAGUAGCAUUGAAACGGAGAGUGAUCAGUCACAAAUUAUAACAGACCCGUUCUUUACAUAUGUGGAUAUGGCUGACGUUCCACCUAGCAUGGUACCUUCUUAUACAACGCAGAUAAAUCAAGGUUCCACGAACACAAAAUGUGUUCAGUUGAGCAGUAAAAAGACAGUAUGUGUUAACCCAGUUUCGACUUUAGAACAAUCUACUGUUCCUACGCCUGUGUCUACACAACUGUCAAUAUCGACGUCGGUUGCACUUCCUUUAGAAUCGACAGCAUCGACCACAAUGAGCUUGACAACUUCAGUUGUUUUAACAACACCUACAUUACCUGCAUGCCCUUCUCUGUAUACAGAGAGCGAGGAUAAGAAGUUUUGUAUUUCUCUUGUUCAGACCAAAAUGUCACGUGACAAUGCCAAAACUGAGUGCCGAACAACGACUGACAGCUCAUUACUGUUGAUUGAUUCAGCUGAAACACAAAGCACUGUUUCAACUUUCCUGGCGCAACAUUUUGGCUCUGGUUUAACGGAGAAUGAAUUGUGGAUAGAUGGUACAUACCAGAAUUCACAGUGGACAUCCUCAAUGGGUGUAUUAUCAUAUACAAACUGGGAAAAAACAAGAAAGAAUAAUGAGGAUUGUAUUCUACUAAAGAUUAAUAGUGGCGAAUGGAAGCCUUCUAAAUGUGACCGUCAGAAAUUUUUCUUGUGUCAGAUACGGAUUUCAUAGAUUUCCCAUAUCAAAUCUGAAGUCUAAGAUACAUUAGAUUACUGCUCUAUGCAAAAGGAUUUAAUACUUUAAUGACUAUUAUGUUGAGGCAUUAAAAUAAAAUAUAUUUCACGUU